CUUGUCUCGAACCACCUUGGCUCAAUCUUCAGACUGCUCAGACGGCGCAAUGACGGAGUCAUUGAACGACUUCAGCGGUGCCUAGGUCCGCGCAGUCUUGGCCUGGCUGUGCCAGGACUCCGCCAUCGACAGAGCUGCUCGAAAGGGCCUGGCCAUGGUCGCUGCAAGCAACGACCUGACCGCCCUGGACAAAGAGCCAGUGCUACUCCAACACAUGCAGUUUGAGGGUAUUCUCGUGGGGCAGAAUGUCGCCAUCAACAGCGCUUCCUCCCCUCCAAGGAGCAACAGCCGCAGUACAGCUGCGGCUGCACCACCCGCCGCUCCUCCUACUCGUAAACGCAAGGCUGGGAGCAGUCUCGCCCAAGCAACCACGCACUGCGAGAGAUCAGCCACGUCCGAGGCUCCUGAGCGCCGCGUCUGUGUGACCUGCAGCAAGGCCUAUGAGUCCGCAAACAACCACGACCGCGCGUGCCUGUCUCAUGGCGGUUUCCAAAUCCUCAAUGAUAACGAUCGCUAUUGGGACCUCCCCUCCCGGACACGCGACGAACAAGAAACCCAUAGGGAGGAAGUUCGCCUUUGUCACCCCAAAGGCUUCACGUGGGUCUACUGCGGGAGAGACGGGACAAGCCCCGGAUGUAGGCGUCGCCCCCACCAAGGCAGGCGGAAACUUUGAACCUCUUUCCACGACGCACAACCGAAAGGCGGUGUGCAGAAGGGAGCGGGCGGGCGCGAGCAGACCCCAGCGCCGUCAGCGUGGAUGACAGUGAAGACGGAUGACGAGGAUUUCGAGGACUUUUUCGAGGAUGAGUUGUCUCACGGCGUGGUCUCGACAAAGCCCUUGAUCGUGUCGAGUAUAUUUAGCCCCUGUCGGGUAUCUUCAGGCCCUUUGUUUGGUGGCACGCUGUAUAAUCUUCGUGCUCCACUCACAGCAUCUGACAAGGCCAUGCCAUUUUUUGAUAUGGUCACAGC